UUGCCUCCUCACAUUUGUAUAGAGAUUUGAGAGAGAGAGAAAUUGAGCCACCCAAGGAUAGAUAGGAACAAUGGAGAUCCCUGUGAUAGACUUCAGUGAGCUUGAUGGGGGGAACAGGGGCAAGACAAUGGCACUCCUUCACCAGGCUUGUGAGCAAUGGGGCUGCUUUAAGAUUGAGAACCAUGGAGUUGACAAGAAGCUGAUGGAGAAGGUGAAGAACUUCGUGAACUCGCACUAUGAGGAGAACCUCAAGGCAGGCUUCUAUGCAUCGGACGUACCCAAAUGCCUCGAGACUGGCAAGACCUCCGACGUGGACUGGGAGUGCACCUUCUUCCUCUGCCAUCGCCCCAAGUCCAACAUCGAAGAUUUCCCGAACCUCUCGAAUGAACUCAGGGAGCUGAUGGAGGAGUACAUUGCGCAGCUGAUUAAGCUGGCGGAAAAGAUCUCCGAGCUCAUGUGCGAGAACCUCGGGCUGGAGAAGGACCACAUUAAGAAGGCUUUCUCCGGAAAGAAUGGCCCCUCAGUCGGCACAAAGGUGGCAAAGUAUCCCCAGUGCCCGGAGCCAGAACGAGUGAGGGGACUCCGGGAGCACACAGAUGCAGGCGGGAUCAUACUCCUUCUUCAGGACGAUCAGGUUCCUGGCCUCGAAUUCCUUAAGGAUGGGAAGUACGUUCCCAUCCCCCCUUCGAAGAACAAUAAGAUCUUCGUCAACAUUGGAGACCAGAUCGAGGUCCUCAGCAAUGGGAGGUACAGGAGCGUGUGGCACAGAGUCAUGACCGAUAAGAACGGGAGCCGGCUAUCAGUUGCCACAUUCUACAACCCUGCUGGAGACGCUGCGAUCUCUCCUGCUCCUAAGCUUCUGUAUCCCGAAGGGUUCACAUUCGGAGAUUACCUCAAACUGUAUGCCGCCACCAAGUUCCAGGAGAAGGAGCCCCGGUUCGAGGCCAUGAAGAACUUGAGCAAUGGCCACGGCAACGGUUUCUGACUGCCUAGUAAAACGUACUCCAAAAUACCGAUUUGUAUUGCUCGCAACUUUUCGUUUGCAAAUGUCUGUUUUCUUUGUCGUGUGUUCUUGUAAUUCAAGGAGCAUUUGAUUUACAAGCUUCUUGACCUGUAGUUCAAGUAACUUCGCUUACCAUACCGUCACUUCUUA